AAAUACGUCAUGGAUUGCGGGCAGCUUGUCUGAUGGGUCCAAGUGGGAACAGACCAGUGAGAGAGCUUCUAAAUCCAAUCCCGCUUCCUCGGACGACCCUCAUUGCUACCUUGGCUGGGACGAAGGUAGGAAGAGUAGCUGCCAGAGCUUAAACACAUUCGACCGCCUUUCUUGGUGUGCAUUUUCCUAUUCCUCGUCUCCUUUUGGAUUAUAUAUUCUACCUUCUCAAAUGUCAUUUGCAUCGUUUGGUGCUGCAGCUCGCCAGGUGUUUCGUCAACGCAUACCUACAACCAAGUCUACACUCGGCAACGACAGCAGUCUCUUGUCUACGUCGACAGGAUCGCUAUUAUCGCGCUCUUUUCGAAGCACCACCAGAACCAUGGCGCAAGAGUACAAGUUGAAGUCGGUCACGUCUCUAGACCUCAAGCCAGGAGACAAGCAGGAGGUGGAGGUCGAGGGCCUGCCGGACGCAAAGGUGCUCCUGGUCAACGCCGCCGGCAAGAUCCAAGCCAUUGGACCAAAGUGCACACACUAUGGCGCCCCGCUCGUCAAGGGUGUCUUGACGACCAGCGGUCGCAUCACCUGCCCUUGGCACGGCGCCUGCUUCAGCGCGACGACGGGAGAUGUCGAGGACGCGCCGGCAUUGGAUGCCCUGCCGGUUUUCAAGGUGGUCGAGCGUGACGGGGCCGUCUACGUGACGGGCGACGAGGCGACAAUCAAGGCGGGGCGACGCAAGCCCAAGUUUCAGUGCAGCAGCGUGCAAAAGGGUGAAGAGGGCAAGGUUGUCGUGGUGGGUGGUGGAUCCGGCUGCAUCGGGCUGAUCGAGGAGCUGCGGGAGCGGGGAUUCACAGGACCCAUCACGGUCAUCUCCAACGAGGGCAACCUCCCGAUCGACCGGACCAAGCUGUCCAAGGCGCUCUUGACGGACCUGGCCAAGUUGCAGUGGCGCGACGAGGAGUUUUACAAGUCGGGCGCCGUCGAGUUUGUACAGGACGAGGUGACGGGCGUAGACUUCAAGGGCAAAUCGGUCGAGACCAAGAGCAAGAAGACGAUAUCGUACGGCAAGCUGGUGCUCGCCACGGGAGGCACACCCCGCAACCUGCCGCUCGAAGGGUUCAAGACGCUCGACAACAUCUUCACCCUGCGCAACGUGCACGACGCCAAGAACAUAGUUUCGGCGAUUGGCGAGUCCAAGGGCAAGAAGAUUGUCGUCGUGGGCUCGUCGUUUAUCGGCAUGGAGGUUGCCAACGCCACGGCCAAGGACAACAGCGUCAGCGUCGUGGGCAUGGAAAAGGUGCCGCUGGAGCGCGUGCUCGGCGACAAGGUCGGCAGUGCGGCUCAGAAGGGUCUCGAGAAGAGCGGGGUCAAGUUCUACAUGGAGGCGGGUGUGGAAAAGGCCACUGCCCACGAAUCAGACCCGGCCAAGGUUGGAGCGGUCCUGCUCAAGAGUGGCGAGUCCCUGCCUGCCGACAUAGUCAUACUCGGAGUCGGCGUCGCACCGGCUACCGAGUUCCUCCGCGGCAACGCGGGCGUGCAGCUCCUGCAGGACGGCUCGCUCGAGGUCGACACGGCAUUUGCCGUCACUGGCGUCAAGGACGUCUACGCCCUCGGUGACAUUGCGACUUUCCCUUACCACGGGCCAGGAGCGGGCGGAAAGGGCGUGCGCAUCGAGCACUGGAACGUGGCACAAAAGUCGGGGCGGGAGGCGGCCAAGCACAUCGUGGACCCGGCGGGCUUCAAGGCCGAGUUCUUCACGCCCAUCUUUUGGUCGGCGCUGUCGGCCCAGCUGCGAUACUGCGGCAACACCAUGGCCAGCGGAUGGGACGACGUCGUGAUCCAGGGCAGCCUGGACGAGGGCAAGUGGUCGGCAUUCUACGCCAAGGGCGACGAGGUGGUGGCGGUCGCAACCAUGGGCGCCGACCCGGUCAUGGUCCAGAGCGCGGAGCUGAUGAGACGUGGCAAGAUGCCCAAGAAGAGCGAGCUCGAGAAGGGCAUGGACGUCAUGAGCCUGGGCGCGCCGGAGUGAAGGGAGCGCCGCGGGUGGGGAGUGGGGCUGAUGGGGGCCUGAGGGGGGCUGAAUCGUCGCCCUUGCAGUUAAGCAUUCCCUAGGCUUGACUGGGGGGGCACCAAGAGCCGAUUUGAGUUGGGCAAUCUGUUGGGUUUUUUUUGCUUUGCGUACUACAAAGUACGAAGUACCUUUUCUGCAUAUCUGUGACAUGUUGACGGCGUUUGGAGGGAGGGAUAUGUUGUGGCGCUUUUUUUGUCAUUUGUCUUGUAUUAAUCCCAAUUAGGUAGGUACUGACGAAGUAUCUUGCCCAAAGUACUUCGUACCUACUAUAGGUCAGACAAUUCCCAAUUAGAUUGGAUUUUCAGGUGUGGCAAGUGCUCAGUUGGAAUUGAUUUGUCUGACCUGCGGUUUUUGUGCUCUGUGUACUACAAAUUACAAAGCACCUUUUCUGCAUAACUGUGAAAUGUUUGACGGCGUUUGGAAGGAGGGAUAUGUCGUGGCGUUUUUUGUCAUGUCUUUUGUAUCGGUUCUAAUUAGGUACUUAUUUUGCAUAGGGUACCUACCUAUUAUAGGUCAGAGAAACCGCAAUUAGAGUAAGCUUCUCUCACCUCUCUUACUAUGUACAAGGAUAAAGUAACCGCCUAGUUGGGAAAACAACCAAGCAACAGCGAAAAGAUUACCACCGCUUCAACAAUUGACACGUCGCAUCUGCUGUAGAGUUGCGACGGCAUAUAUGCAGAGUCAGGUCUGUUCAUGACUUGGUAUGGGAUGGCAACUGGAGGAUGGCGAUAGCCCUCUCGGGCUGUUGUCCUUAUGUCUGUGCGGCGUGCCGGUUCGGGCUGAUUCAGCUGGCAUAUGUCAAGUACAGUUGAUUCCCCCUGUCAAAGUGGUGGCUUUGCAUCAUGUCACAUUUGGAUCGGGGUCAUGGUCUUGAGGGAUUAUGCCGAGACAAGGGAGCGUAGGCGGUGGCGCUGGACUGUCUGUACGGCUUGAAGGAAAUGAGGUCCUUGGGGAGGGGAUUGCGAGCUGACUUUUGUCAGUGUCUUAUCUGCUUUGCCCAUCUCGGACUCGAACGUCCGUCUCUCAUGUUUCCCCUGUGUCAGCCAAACUGAAAUAAAUAAUAAUAAUAAUAAAAGGGCAGACAAAGACAGAGCUGUGCUCGUUGUUCUGACUCUGUUCAGAUCCAUCAAG